CUCUGUUUUGCGGAUUGAAAUCAUGUCUGGAAGAGGCAAAGGCGGUAAAGGACUCGGUAAAGGAGGCGCUAAGCGUCAUCGUAAGGUUUUGCGUGAUAACAUCCAGGGAAUCACCAAACCCGCCAUCCGUCGUCUCGCUCGCCGUGGUGGAGUCAAGCGUAUUUCUGGUCUGAUCUAUGAGGAGACUCGCGGUGUACUGAAGGUGUUUUUGGAGAACGUUAUUCGUGACGCCGUCACCUACACUGAACACGCCAAGAGAAAGACCGUCACCGCCAUGGAUGUCGUCUAUGCUCUGAAGCGUCAGGGUCGCACUCUGUACGACAUACUGUAUGUCAGAGCUUUUACUGAAGUCAUGGCAAGAACAAAGCAGACCGCUCGUAAAUCCACCGGAGGCAAAGCGCCAAGGAAGCAGCUCGCUACCAAAGCUGCCCGUAAGAGCGCCCCAGCCACCGGCGGUGUGAAGAAGCCUCAUCGUUACAGGCCCGGUACCGUAGCGCUGAGAGAAAUUCGGCGCUAUCAGAAAUCCACUGAGCUGUUGAUCCGUAAACUGCCUUUCCAGCGUCUUGUGAGAGAAAUCGCCCAGGACUUUAAGACUGAUCUGCGCUUCCAGAGCUCCGCCGUCAUGGCCCUGCAGGAGUCCAGCGAAGCUUAUCUGGUCGGCCUGUUUGAGGACACCAACCUCUGCGCCAUCCACGCCAUGUCAGGUAGAGGAAAAGGUGGUAAAGGACUCGGUAAAGGAGGCGCUAAGCGUCAUCGCAAAGUUUUGCGUGAUAACAUCCAGGGAAUCACCAAACCCGCCAUUCGUCGUCUCGCUCGUCGUGGUGGUGUCAAGCGUAUCUCCGGUCUGAUCUAUGAAGAGACUCGUGGUGUUUUGAAGGUGUUUUUGGAGAACGUUAUUCGUGACGCCGUCACCUACACUGAACACGCCAAGAGAAAGACCGUCACCGCCAUGGAUGUCGUCUAUGCUCUGAAGCGUCAGGGUCGCACUCUGUACGGUUUCGGAGGUUAAACGCCUAAAGUUCUGCUCAAACCCAAACGGCUCUUUUAAGAGCCACCCACAUUAUCACAUUAAGAGAUGAAAUCUAUGCAGUAUUACUGUUUUGUGUUUCUGGAAAUUGUCUUUGCGAUACGAGGAUUGUUUGAUUCUAACUCGCUAAAUACAGCUAGGUUAAUUUGGUGGUCUCGUGGCGCUUUGCUUAGUGACGGGAGAAACGAAGCUUCGAAUCAAUUGAACCAAUUGCUUCCAAAAUUGAUUCAGUUUUUCGAAGCAGUUCGAAACACCUUUUUUUUUUUACAAAAUAAUAGCAAAAUUUAAAUUAAAAUGUUACAUUUUUUUUUUAACUUAAGACAUAAUUAAAAGUGUAUUGUGUUUUUAGUUUUAUUUAGAGCAAACAAAUCAUUAAAACUAACUACCCUUUUAAUUAUUCACAUUUUUGUCUAUAAACAAAAAGUAGACAAAAUGGCAGUGUUAUUAGUCAGAAGGAUAAAUGUUUCAUGAACAUUCAUAAAAAAACUGACCCGAGUUCACCUAA